CGCCACGUAAUUCCCGCCAAAAGUAAUUUUGCCGCCUAUUUCUAACCAAUUCUAAAAUCAAUAUUGUAAACCUUGAACAAAAUCCACUCUCUCUUCUAACUUGAAAAAACCCUCUCUAUCUCUCUGCUGUUUUGAAUUAGGGUUUCCAUGGCGCCACAAAAGCUAACUGAAUACGAGAAGAAAAGACUCGACAACAUUCGUCGGAACGAUCAAAUGAUGGCCGCUCUCAAAAUCCAUUCCACCGCCUCUCAACUCUCAGCCGCUACCAAACGCCAAAGAGUUGGAUCUUCCAAAUCAUAUAAAGUAAGCCCAGAAAAGAAAAAACCUAAAAAUGAUUCUCCAAUUGUAAUCAGAAGAUCAUUACGCACACGAGGAAUGCCGCCUCCUGAUUCAAUUGGUUUAGAUAACGACUUAGUUGACACGCCAUCUACUGAAACUGGAAAUUCAAAUAGUGAGGAGAAACCCUCUCCGAAUGUUAUGGGUCCUCUUAAUCUGAGUGAUGCCUAUAGUGGCACGGGAUCUUAUCGAGCUCUAAUUGCCACCAUUUCGUCUCUUGAAGAUAAAACUUUUGUGGCUAAAAAGGAAUGUGAUAUUUCUUGUGAAAAAAAGCCCCAUCUGGGUGGUUCGGUUAUGAAGGAAUUUGAUGAAAAUGAGGUUGGGAAGAAGGAAAAAAUUGAUGGGCCCUCGAGUGGUUUGGUUAAGAGUGAGUAUUUGGAUUUUGGAAUCAAGAUAGAGAAGAAGGAAGAAACUAAGGGUUGUGAAGAUUUAUGGUCGAUGAAUUUGAAGGAGGAGAAUAUAGCUAGAAUAAUGCCAGGGAGGAUUAUGGUGGUGAAAUUUUUGCCUUGCAGUGAUGUAAGGAUGAUCGUUGGGGGGAAUAAGUCUGGUAAUGUUGCGUUUUGGAAUGUGGAUAGUAAUGGAGAGGAUGGGGAUGGAAUAUAUCUGUAUCGCCAACAUACUGGUCCCAUUUCAGGGAUUUUGUUUCAGCAAUCCUGCCUCUCUAAGAUAAUUACCAGCUGUUAUGAUGGUUUUAUAAGGGUAAUGAAUGUUGAGAAGGAAGUGUUUGAUCUUGUGUACUCAAGUGAUGAUACUAUAUUUUGUCUCUCCCAACAACCAAAUAAUAUGAAUGGCAUAUAUUUUGGUGAGGGUCAUGGAGGAUUGAGUGUCUGGGAUGAGAGGACAGGAGGAAUUUGUUCACAGUGGAAUCUGCAUGAAAAGAGAAUCAAUUCCAUAGAUUUCAAUUUACAGAACCCCAAUGUUAUGGCCACUAGUUCCACAGAUGGGACCGUUUGCCUUUGGGAUAUACGAAAUGUUAAUCCAAAUAAACCCGAGAGUUUGAAGAUAGUUAGCCAUAAAAGGGCUGUGUAUUCUGCUUACUUCUCACCUUCUGGAAGCUAUCUUGCAACAACUAGUGCUGAUGAUACAGUUGGAAUACAAAGCACUGCUAAUUUCGAAGACAGUUCUAGAAUAUACCAUAACAAUCACACAGGCAGAUGGCUUUCUUCUUUCAGAGCAAUAUGGGGUUGGGAUGACUCGCACAUCUUCAUCGGCAAUAUGGGAAGAGGAGUGGACGUGAUCUCUCGCACACAAAAACGAUUAGUUUCAACACUAGAAAGUCCCUACAUGACUGCUAUUCCUUGCAGAUUUGAUGCACAUCCUUUCCAUGUUGGAACCCUUGCUGGAGCAACUAGUGGCGGCCAGGUUUACAUUUGGACAUCAAGCUAGGAUUUAUUAGUUAGCAUGUUUUGAUGUUCGCUUUCAGUAUACAGGAAAUUCUUGCUAGACUGAGUUUUUUUUAUCGACCACUCUCACAUUAGUGAACUCCACGAUUAAAGGACAGUGAAGUUUUUGUGAGAAACAUUCACGAAGGACUCGGUGGACGAAAGUACUUCCCAUCAGUUAACAUGUUUUAGCCUGUAGCUGUUUUCGUCAUGAGCUAUGUAAUUGUUUUUUGGAACAUAAUAUUACCAACUGAUGUAAAAUGACCAUGGCAGUGUCAGAAUUGUGAAUUAUGUAUUUAAGCUA